GACGACGACGGCGCGGUGCCGAUUAUCGAUGCUGCCGACUUGUCGUACGAAGCGUUCUGCGCCGAGUUUAUGGCUUGGAACCUGCCGGUUGUGAUCACCAACGUUGGCACCGACUGGCCCGCCCGCGUCGAGUGGUGUGACCGCUCCGGACUGCGUCUCGAAAUACUCAAGGCUCGCUACGGCCACGCGUUAGCUCCUGUUGUCGGCAAGUCUAUUGAAUACGGCGACGAGUCGCGAGAUGACGUUGCCGUUGCCACGUAUUUGGAUUGGCUCGCGUCAGGGCUGGCUGAGGCCGACCAGCUCUACCUCAAAGACUGGCAUUUCACGCGCGAUUUCCCAAAAGAUGCAAUCUAUACAACGCCCAAGUACUUUGCCGAUGACUGGCUCAAUUGGUGGUGGGACCAGAAAGCUGCUACGCUGCCAGCAACGUCCGUGGGGCUGGACGACUACCGGUUUGUGUACCUUGGACCUCGAGGCUCCUUUACGCCUCUCCACCAUGAUGUCUUUCAGUCGUACAGCUGGUCGAUCAACAUGACGGGGCAAAAAGAAUGGCUUCUGUUCCCGCCGUCCGAGACACCAAAGUUGCUCGACAAAUUCGGUCGUGUGGUCCUUUCCAAUUUCCAAGAGAUUGAUCCCGUCCGGUUCCCGCGCGCCCACACUGCCAAGCACUUGCGAGUGCUUCAGCCGCCGGGGGCAGCGCUCUUCGUACCGAGCGGCUGGUACCACCAAGUGACGAACACGGCGACGACGCUAUCGAUCAACCACAAUUGGUUCAACGCGUACAACUUGCCACUGAUUUGGGCGUACUUCCAAGAGCAACUUUUGGCUGUUGAGAGAGAAAUCGAACACUGCCGGUAGAUGUCAACUGACUUGACCAAGCAUAAUCGUUUGCGCAGGGAUGGCUUCGACUCGGACGCUGACUGGAUUCUCCACUGUCAGUUGCUGCUGCGUGCCAACAUUGGCAUGGACUUUAAGGAGCUACAUGCACUGCUGGAAGCCCGCGCGGCCAUCUCAACGGCGCCGUUUGACGUGGCGCAAAUUCAUGAAGUCCUCGUACCACUGCGCGUGCAUCCAGCAAUCAAGGGCACGUACGUGCAUAAAUAGUUGUUGAGGUAAUUAGUCUACAAAGAACGUUGCCACUCACAACGGCUCGAGGCCGAUCAUCUCCGCCGAGAGGUACGCGGACGACGCAAUCGUUGGGCGGGUUUCAACGACCCCGAGCUCUGAGAGUUUGUCGAGGAGCCCGAGCUCGGUAAGGAGCUCGAGCGCGUGGCUUUGGAUCGGCUGCAGGACGGGUGUGUCGUGGACACUGCCGCGCCGCAUC